AUGAUAAGGCUGUGGAGGAGGACAAAGUGGGACGUCGGCCUUAAAUCAGCAAAUGCUUUAAAACCAGCCUACUCUGGCGGCUCCCGGGCCAGCCAGUCUCGGAGGACCUGCUGCCCUCUGCUGCCCCUGUGGGUCAAAUCGCGAGGACCUGUUCGUUCUUCUUCGGGCUACAAGAAGGCAGAUGAUGAGAUGUCCCGGGCCACGUCUGUUGGGGACCUGCUGGACGCACCAGCCCGCACCAUUUACCUCAACCAACCGCAUCUCAACAAAUUCCGUGACAACCAGAUCAGUACGGCCAAGUACAGCGUGUUGACGUUUCUACCUCGAUUCUUGUACGAGCAGAUCAGGAGAGCUGCCAAUGCCUUCUUCCUCUUCAUUGCCUUAUUACAGCAAAUUCCAGAUGUUUCUCCAACAGGAAGAUAUACCACCCUGGUGCCAUUGAUCAUUAUUUUAACAAUCGCAGGCAUCAAAGAGAUUGUAGAAGAUUUUAAGCGACAUAAGGCAGACAAUGCAGUUAACAAAAAGAAAACGAUAGUGUUAAGGAAUGGUAUGUGGCAUACCAUUAUGUGGAAAGAGGUAGCCGUGGGAGACAUCGUGAAGGUCGUCAACGGGCAGUGUCUUCCCGCAGAUGUGGUCCUGCUGUCCUCCAGUGAACCUCAGGCAAUGUGUUAUGUUGAAACAGCCAACCUCGAUGGGGAGACGAACCUUAAAAUACGUCAGGGUGUGAGUCACACGGCUGACAUGCAGGUGAGGGAGGUGCUGAUGAAGUUGUCUGGGAGCAUAGAGUGUGAAGGGCCCAAUCGCCACCUCUACGAUUUCACCGGAAACUUGAACUUGGAUGGGAAAAGCCCUGUUGCCCUUGGGCCUGACCAGAUCUUAUUAAGAGGUACACAGCUUAGAAAUACUCAGUGGGUCUUUGGCAUAGUUGUUUAUACUGGACACGACACCAAACUCAUGCAGAAUUCCACCAAAGCACCUCUCAAGAGGUCGAAUGUUGAGAAAGUAACUAAUGUGCAGAUCCUGGUGCUCUUUGGCAUACUUCUGGUCAUGGCCUUGGUGAGCUCGGUGGGAGCCCUGUACUGGAAUGGGUCUCAAGGAGGAAAGAACUGGUACAUCAAGAAGAUGGACACGAGCUCAGACAAUUUUGGAUAUAACUUGUUGACGUUCAUCAUCUUGUACAACAAUCUGAUUCCCAUCAGUCUGCUGGUGACCCUCGAGGUUGUGAAGUACACACAAGCCCUCUUCAUAAACUGGGACACAGAUAUGUAUUAUCUAGGAAAUGACACUCCUGCCAUGGCCAGGACGUCAAACCUUAAUGAAGAGCUUGGGCAGGUAAAAUACCUGUUUUCUGACAAAACUGGAACUCUUACAUGCAAUAUCAUGAAUUUCAAGAAGUGUAGCAUUGCUGGGGUAACCUAUGGUCAUUUUCCAGAAUUGACAAGGGAACCAUCAUCAGAUGAUUUCUGCCGGAUACCUCCUCCGCCUAGUGACUCGUGUGACUUUGAUGACCCCAGGCUCUUGAAGAACAUUGAGGAUCAUCAUCCCACAGCCUCCUGCAUCCAGGAGUUCCUCACCCUCCUGGCCGUGUGCCACACCGUGGUCCCCGAGAAGGACAGAGACAACAUUAUCUACCAGGCCUCCUCCCCAGAUGAAGCUGCUUUGGUGAAAGGGGCUCGGAAGCUGGGCUUCGUCUUCACAGCCAGAACACCCUACUCUGUCAUCAUAGAGGCCAUGGGACAGGAGGAGACAUUUGGAAUCCUUAAUGUCCUGGAGUUUUCUAGCGACAGAAAAAGAAUGUCUGUAAUUGUGCGAACCCCUUCAGGACAGCUUCGACUCUAUUGUAAAGGGGCUGAUAAUGUGAUUUUUGAGAGACUUUCUAAAGAUUCAAAAUACAUGGAGGAAACACUCUGCCAUCUGGAGUAUUUUGCCACGGAAGGCUUGCGGACCCUCUGUGUGGCUUACGCCGACCUCUCUGAGAGUGAUUAUGCGGAGUGGCUCAAAGUCUACCAAGAAGCCAGCACCAUCUUGAAGGACAGAGCUCAGCGGCUGGAAGAGUGUUACGAGAUCAUCGAGAAGGAUCUGCUGCUGCUUGGAGCCACAGCCAUAGAAGAUCGUCUUCAGGCAGGCGUGCCAGAAACCAUAACAACUCUGUUGAAGGCAGAAAUUAAAAUAUGGGUGUUGACAGGCGACAAACAAGAAACUGCGAUCAACAUAGGCUAUUCGUGCAGGUUGGUGUCACAGAACAUGGCCCUUAUCCUACUGAAGGAGGAUUCUUUGGACGCCACGCGGGCAGCCAUUACUCAGCACUGCGCUGACCUUGGGAGUCUUCUGGGCAAGGAGAACGACGCGGCCCUCAUCAUCGACGGGCACACCCUGAAGUACGCGCUGUCCUUCGAGGUCAGGAGAAGCUUCCUGGACUUGGCCCUCUCGUGCAAAGCGGUCAUAUGCUGCAGAGUGUCCCCUCUGCAGAAGUCGGAGAUAGUGGAGGUGGUGAAGAAGCGGGUGAAGGCCAUCACCCUGGCCAUCGGGGACGGUGCCAAUGACGUCGGGAUGAUCCAGACGGCCCACGUGGGUGUGGGCAUCAGUGGCAACGAGGGCAUGCAGGCCACCAACAACUCGGAUUACGCCAUCGCACAGUUUUCCUACUUGGAGAAGCUCCUGCUGGUUCACGGCGCCUGGAGUUACAACCGGGUGACCAAGUGUAUCCUGUACUGUUUCUACAAGAACGUGGUCCUCUACAUCAUAGAGCUUUGGUUCGCCUUUGUUAAUGGAUUUUCUGGGCAGAUUUUAUUUGAACGUUGGUGCAUCGGCUUGUACAACGUGAUUUUCACGGCGCUGCCCCCCUUCACUCUGGGCAUCUUCGAGAGGUCAUGUAGCCAGGAGAGCAUGCUGAGGUUCCCGCAACUCUACAGGAUCACCCAGAACGCCGAGGGCUUCAACACCAAGGUUUUCUGGGGUCACUGCAUCAACGCCUUGGUCCACUCCCUCAUCCUCUUCUGGUUUCCCAUGAAAGCGCUGGAGCACGAUACUGUGUUGGCCAAUGGUCAUGCCACAGACUAUUUAUUUGUUGGAAAUAUCGUUUAUACGUAUGUUGUUGUUACUGUUUGCCUGAAAGCCGGUUUGGAGACUACAGCUUGGACAAAAUUCAGUCACCUGGCCGUCUGGGGAAGCAUGCUCAUCUGGCUGGUGUUUUUUGGCAUCUACUCAACCAUCUGGCCCACCAUUCCCAUCGCUCCAGACAUGAAAGGACAGGCAACCAUGGUCCUGAGCUCUGCGCACUUCUGGCUGGGAUUAUUUCUGGUUCCUACCGCGUGUCUGAUGGAAGAUGUGGUGUGGAGAGCGGCCAAGCACACCUGCAAAAAAACACUGCUGGAGGAGGUGCAGGAGCUGGAGAGGAAGUCCAGGGUGAUGGGAAGAGCAAUGCUCCGGGACAGUAACGGAAAGAGGACCAACGAGCGAGACCGGCUGCUCAAGAGGCUGGGCAGGAAGACGCCGCCCACCCACGUCCGGGGCGGUUCCCUCCAGCAGUCAGUGCCACAUGGAUACGCCUUCUCGCAGGAGGAGCACGGAGCCGUGACUCAGGAAGAAAUAGUUCGCGCCUACGACACCACCAAACAGAAAUCCAGGAAGAAGUAAGACGUGGUCUCCCGAUGGAGCCUCAGAAAGAGAUGCGUUUGCUGCACCCAGUGUUAACACGUGUUUGUCAGAAGAGACGGGUGUCAGUGGCCAAAACACCGGAAACACAUCCCGUGGCCUUAGCCCACCCGUUAGUUCUCGAUGCCCUCGCAAACCUGGACACGGGCCGCAGGGGAAGCCACUUUCCCCCUUCCCACUCGUCCAUCCGCAGUGCUUGGCCUGACUUUUGUUUACGCUGUUCCAAAGCAUUCAACUGUGCCCUGUGAGGUGUGAAAUUAAAAACAUUAUGUUCC